CGUAUCAUCAACAAGCAAUCACGCUAAUCCCGAUUGAUUUAAUUGUAUAUCAUUGGGGUGCCCCACUUACUGCAACUCCCUCUUUCUUAUUGCCACUUCCACCACUGCUCUUCCAUCCCGCACACGUCAACAUCUCGCCACCCAUCCAACAAUGAAGCGCGCUUGGGACGGUUCUUCGUCCAACUCCUUCCCCAACGGGGACUCUGCCCAGCAGUCAACAAACUCGGAGCAAGUAUGGGUGCAGAUGCCCUCACAUCCGUACGCAGCAGCCUACUCUUCCAUGGCCAACCCGUUCACGCCCUCGCCUCUACACAGCUCAACAACGUUUGAUGCCCAAACACUCAACUCAGCCAGUGUGAAUGCAAGUGGGAGUGGUAGACAGGAGAAGCGACCCAGGACAGCAGGGUCAGAUGGGAAGAAGAAUUCACCGCAGGGGCAAACGAAGGAUGGAGAUAGUGAAGGAGAGGGGGAUGAUGAUGACGAUGACGACGACGAUGAGAACGACGACGAAUCCGGGGGAAACAAAAGUGCAUCCAAUAAGAAGAAUAACAACAUGAAAAUGGUGAAAGGUCCGGAUGGGAAACCAAAAACUAAACUGACAAGAGGAUCGAGAGCCUGCGUCGCUUGCCGAAAGAUCAAGAUGAGAUGCAUUCCGGACGAUUCAGCAGCAGGUCAAGGAAACGGCAUUUGCAAGCGCUGCAAAGCUGGAGGACACGAGUGCAUCUUUGAAGAAUCCAACCGAGGCAAGAGAAGUUCACGGAAAAAUGAGGCUAUGGCUGCAAAACUCUCUAAGAUGGAGGCUGCAUUGAAGAAUAUUGGUGUCGCGCUGAGCAAUAUCGAUCAAUCCUCCCUCGAAUCCUUCUCUUCAGCCCUGCAUUCUUCCACGGAUGACCCCGAUGUAAUCGGUCUCAUCACCUCGCACGCCCCUGUCACGCCUAAUCUUGCGGUCGCUAUGAACCGAGGUUCUUUUUCCAGUUCUUUUGGUGACCGCGCGCAUGAUAUGUCUCACGAGGGCGGACAUACCGCACAACCACCUCUUUCUCCCCGGCUUCACUCUUUGCCCGAUAACGUUCUAUCUCCUCUGGGUCUAUUGGCAGAAGCCUCACUGCAAAAUGACGCUUCCAAGCGAAAUUUCACCAAGGGGUUUGGAACAGCGAACGGCUUGGGUAAAUCUUUGGCUCGGCCAUUUUCAGGCGACCGUCUUCCAGAGCAUCGGAAUGGCAAUGUCUCAAUGAAUGGUGCAGCUACGUUCAGAAUGGCGACGAGCGAUGUAAGGGGUGGACAGGUUGAAGAUGACGAACAUUUUGAUGUUGAUCAUGGGUUGGGCGUUUCCGGUCAGAAUUAUUUUAAGCCUGGAGCGUCUGUCGCAUUCUUGCCUCCCAUGCCCGCAGAUCAUAGGGUGCCGGAAUUGUUGACUAUUCUAACGAGGGAUGAAAUCGGGGAGCUAUUUGAUAUCUUUUUCGACCACAUGUCUUUCCAUGUGCCUUUGGUCUAUAAAGAAUUCCAUACCCCAGAUUUAGUGUUGCAAAGGAGUCAGUUCCUGUGUACAGUUAUAUGUGCCAUUGCCGCAAGAUUUUACCACAAAAAGCCCGAACUUCACCAUUCGCUUUCCGCUUAUGCCAAACGUCUUGCUUUUGAAGUCCCCUCUCGCGGAUACAAGAGUGUGGAGGUGGUACAAGCCUAUCUUCUGUUGUCCCUUUGGACUUUAGGGCCCGAAAAGACAUUUGAGCAAGACAGGACCUGGUUGAUGCUGGGCAUGGCUAUUCGCAUGGCUACCGAUCUCAAUCUUCAUCGGAAAAGCAUCAUGUCCAAUCUCGACACUGAAGAGGGCCGGGCACGCGAUCUUGAGAUUAUUAACCGCGAACGAUGCUGGCUGCAUUGUUUCGUCUUGGACCGGUCUCUUUCGGCGCAGAUGGGCAAGCCGUACAGCUUGCGGGAGGAUUAUAUCAUCCGAAAUGCGUGUGAAUCAGUAUGGCAUCAGCAGAAGUUCUCUCUCCCGUCAGAUGCAGCGCUAUCUGCCUAUGUGAUGUUGCAGCAGAUUAUGAGUAGGGCGAUAGAUAGCAUCUACUCUUCCACAUCUACUGUGUCGGGACUGAGGCACGACUGUGACUACAUGUUGAUCGUCCGUUCGGCGCAUGAAGAGCUGAGAAGAUGGUUGGGAGAUGCCAAGAACAAUAAGUUGUCGACUAGUGAGGCAAGCAGGGAGUUUGACAGCCGUGCCAACUUCUACUUUGCAUAUUCAUCGCUGGUCCUUUAUUCGUUUGGGUUAGAAAAUGCGCUAGAGAGAGCAAAAAUGGACAUCUCGUUCUUUUUGACAAACGUGUAUGAAGCUGCGACGAAAGUUUGUAUGGUCGUCAAGGAAGAAUUUUUACCCAAGGGAUGGUUGCCAUACUUGCCCGAUACUAACUUUGUCAUGUGCAGUUACGCUCUGCUGUCGCUCCUCAAGCUGCUCAAACCUGAACUUCGGCCAUACCAUGAUUCGGAAGAGUCCAUCUUCAAUCUUGUGACCGAGGUUGCCGACAUUCUUGAAGACUGUGCCGCCGACCCCUCUCAUCAGCCCGCCAUCUAUGCUGCUUUCAUUCGCGAAAUUGUUCGCAAAACCAAAGACAUGCGACACGGUGGUACAACUACUGCCCCAGCCUCACCGGGGAGUCACACAAUCGCAGGACAUAUGCAUGGCAUUGUUCCUGGCGAGGCAGCUACAUUGGGCAUGGUCGGCAGUGCUAGGGCAGCUAGUGACGCCUCUGCUGCAUCCGCGAGGACUGACACAGAGACAAAUACUUCUGCAGCCAACGCAACUGUGGACGGCGCACAAGGAGCUCAAAACGGGGUUUAUGAUCCUAGCUUAAUGGGCCAGAACGCCACCAACUGGCAUCCUGAUGUUCUUCCCCAUGAAACACAGUUCACUUUCAUUCCCCAAGGUGGUGACAUGCUUAUUCUCCCUUCACAAGCUGGUCCCUCCAUCGCGCCCUCUCCUACUUCCGCCUUCCUUGCUAACCCCUCUGGUACCAAUAUCAAUGCAGGCAAUGCAAGUGGCGCAGCGGGCACCAGUGGCAGUCAUUUUGGUACUCCAUCUGGGUCUAAUGGAUGGGCAGAAUAUCUGCCAACCUUUAUGAGUUCGGACGGAUUUGAUGGAUGGGAUGGGUCGAUGCUUCUUCCCGGUUUCGGUAAGGGCCAGAUCACGUUGAGUGGUGGGCUGUUGCAUAGUCAGUAUGGAAGUGGUAUAAUAACACCGUUACACCAGACUCCUAUACAAAGUAGGAUGGGUAGUAGAGCAGGAAGUCGGACUCAAUCCCCUCACCCGCAUUAGAACAGUCUCAAAAGUAGUCAAAAUGUUAGGCUUUUGGAUGACUGGAACUUGUAAUAGAAGGAUGCCUCUUGUGUACUGUACUGUGUACUUACAGACUUCAUGAUUGAUCUUUUUUUUUCUACAGUUGAUCUUGCGUUGUGACUUAGUAGGAUACCCCGUCCCGUGUACAUGUACGUAAAGAAAUUCAGAGCAAGAAGUAUAAAAAGUAUAUGCAUUUUGUAGU